AAAGUUGUGUGUGGUCAGACUGGAUCAACCUUGGUCAGCCAACCUCUGGCUCUGAAGGUGGAGAUAAUGAAUCCAUUAAGAACAUCAUUGCUAGUGGUUAUCACAUUUGCUCAGCUCCAGAGGCAGUUGAAUGUAGAGCAAAACAAUACCCUGGACUUCAGAUCUCUCAGCUUGGCCAAGACGUGACUUGCAAUCCAUCCGUUGGACUGAUUUGUAAAAACAGUAAGCAAGGUCUUCAGCAAAAGUGCUUUGAUUACGAGAUACGAGUGAAAUGUUGUCAAUGUCCUCCCACAACACACAUCCCGACAACAACAACAACAACAACAACAGUUCUGUCGACCACGACUCCUACACCCACUACUACAAUCUUAACUUCGACAGCUCCAUCUACCACAAAAACAACAACUCUGCCUUCUACUACAACUCCAACAUCUACUCCUACAUCAACCUCAACAGGAGCAUCAACUACCCAGUGCAGUGGUGAAGAAAGUUGUGUGUGGUCAGACUGGAUCAACCUUGGUCAGCCAACCUCUGGCUCUGAAGGUGGAGAUAAUGAAUCCAUUAAGAACAUCAUUGCUAGUGGUUAUCACAUUUGCUCAGCUCCAGAGGCAGUUGAAUGUAGAGCAAAACAAUACCCUGGACUUCAGAUCUCUCAGCUUGGCCAAGACGUGACUUGCAAUCCAUCCGUUGGACUGAUUUGUAAAAACAGUAAGCAAGGUCUUCAGCAAAAGUGCUUUGAUUACGAGAUACGAGUGAAAUGUUGUCAAUGUCCUCCCACAACACACAUCCCGACAACAACAACAACAACAACAACAGUUCUGUCGACCACGACUCCUACACCCACUACUACAAUCUUAACUUCGACAGCUCCAUCUACCACAAAAACAACAACUCUGCCUUCUACUACAACUCCAACAUCUACUCCUACAUCAACCUCAACAGGAGCAUCAACUACCCAGUGCAGUGGUGAAGAAAGUUGUGUGUGGUCAGACUGGAUCAACCUUGGUCAGCCAACCUCUGGCUCUGAAGGUGGAGAUAAUGAAUCCAUUAAGAACAUCAUUGCUAGUGGUUAUCACAUUUGCUCAGCUCCAGAGGCAGUUGAAUGUAGAGCAAAACAAUACCCUGGACUUCAGAUCUCUCAGCUUGGCCAAGACGUGACUUGCAAUCCAUCCGUUGGACUGAUUUGUAAAAACAGUAAGCAAGGUCUUCAGCAAAAGUGCUUCGAUUACGAGAUACGAGUGAAAUGUUGUCAAUGUCCUCCCACAACACACAUCCCGACAACAACAACAACAACAACAACAGUUCUGUCGACCACGACUCCUACACCCACUACUACAAUCUUAACUUCGACAGCUCCAUCUACCACAAAAACAACAACUCUGCCUUCUACUACAACUCCAACCUCUACUCCUACAUCAACCUCAACAGCAGAGCAUCAACUACCCAGUGCAGUGGUGAAGAAAGUUGUGUGUGGUCAGACUGGAUCAACCUUGGUCAGCCAACCUCUGGCUCUGAAGGUGGAGAUAAUGAAUCCAUUAAGAACAUCAUUGCUAGUGGUUAUCACAUUUGCUCAGCUCCAGAGGCAGUUGAAUGUAGAGCAAAACAAUACCCUGGACUUCAGAUCUCUCAGCUUGGCCAAGACGUGACUUGCAAUCCAUCCGUUGGACUGAUUUGUAAAAACAGUAAGCAAGGUCUUCAGCAAAAGUGCUUUGAUUACGAGAUACGAGUGAAAUGUUGUCAAUGUCCUCCCACAACACACAUCCCGACAACAACAACAACAACAACAACAGUUCUGUCGACCACGACUCCUACACCCACUACUACAAUCUUAACUUCGACAGCUCCAUCUACCACAAAAACAACAACUCUGCCUUCUACUACAACUCCAACCUCUACUCCUACAUCAACCUCAACAGGAGCAUCAACUACCCAGUGCAGUGGUGAAGAAAGUUGUGUGUGGUCAGACUGGAUCAACCUUGGUCAGCCAACCUCUGGCUCUGAAGGUGGAGAUAAUGAAUCCAUUAAGAACAUCAUUGCUAGUGGUUAUCACAUUUGCUCAGCUCCAGAGGCAGUUGAAUGUAGAGCAAAACAAUACCCUGGACUUCAGAUCUCUCAGCUUGGCCAAGACGUGACUUGCAAUCCAUCCGUUGGACUGAUUUGUAAAAACAGUAAGCAAGGUCUUCAGCAAAAGUGCUUUGAUUACGAGAUACGAGUGAAAUGUUGUCAAUGUCCUCCCACAACACACAUCCCAACAACAACAACAACAACAACAACAACAGUUCUGUCGACCACGACUCCUACACCCACUACUACAAUCUUAACUUCGACAGCUCCAUCUACCACAAAAACAACAACUCUGCCUUCUACUACAACUCCAACCUCUACUCCUACAUCAACCUCAACAGGAGCAUCAACUACCCAGUGCAGUGGUGAAGAAAGUUGUGUGUGGUCAGACUGGAUCAACCUUGGUCAGCCAACCUCUGGCUCUGAAGGUGGAGAUAAUGAAUCCAUUAAGAACAUCAUUGCUAGUGGUUAUCACAUUUGCUCAGCUCCAGAGGCAGUUGAAUGUAGAGCAAAACAAUACCCUGGACUUCAGAUCUCUCAGCUUGGCCAAGACGUGACUUGCAAUCCAUCCGUUGGACUGAUUUGUAAAAACAGUAAGCAAGGUCUUCAGCAAAAGUGCUUUGAUUACGAGAUACGAGUGAAAUGUUGUCAAUGUCCUCCCACAACACACAUCCCAACAACAACAACAACAACAACAGUUCUGUCGACCACGACUCCUACACCCACUACUACAAUCUUAACUUCGACAGCUCCAUCUACCACAAAAACAACAACUCUGCCUUCUACUACAACUCCAACCUCUACUCCUACAUCAACCUCAACAGGAGCAUCAACUACCCAGUGCAGUGGUGAAGAAAGUUGUGUGUGGUCAGACUGGAUCAACCUUGGUCAGCCAACCUCUGGCUCUGAAGGUGGAGAUAAUGAAUCCAUUAAGAACAUCAUUGCUAGUGGUUAUCACAUUUGCUCAGCUCCAGAGGCAGUUGAAUGUAGAGCAAAACAAUACCCUGGACUUCAGAUCUCUCAGCUUGGCCAAGACGUGACUUGCAAUCCAUCCGUUGGACUGAUUUGUAAAAACAGUAAGCAAGGUCUUCAGCAAAAGUGCUUCGAUUACGAGAUACGAGUGAAAUGUUGUCAAUGUCCUCCCACAACACACAUCCCGACAACAACAACAACAACAGUUCUGUCGACCACGACUCCUACACCCACUACUACAAUCUUAACUUCGACAGCUCCAUCUACCACAAAAACAACAACUCUGCCUUCUACUACAACUCCAACCUCUACUCCUACAUCAACCUCAACAGGAGCAUCAACUACCCAGUGCAGUGGUGAAGAAAGUUGUGUGUGGUCAGACUGGAUCAACCUUGGUCAGCCAACCUCUGGCUCUGAAGGUGGAGAUAAUGAAUCCAUUAAGAACAUCAUUGCUAGUGGUUAUCACAUUUGCUCAGCUCCAGAGGCAGUUGAAUGUAGAGCAAAACAAUACCCUGGACUUCAGAUCUCUCAGCUUGGCCAAGACGUGACUUGCAAUCCAUCCGUUGGACUGAUUUGUAAAAACAGUAAGCAAGGUCUUCAGCAAAAGUGCUUCGAUUACGAGAUACGAGUGAAAUGUUGUCAAUGUCCUCCCACAACACACAUCCCGACAACAACAACAACAACAGUUCUGUCGACCACGACUCCUACACCCACUACUACAAUCUUAACUUCGACAGCUCCAUCUACCACAAAAACAACAACUCUGCCUUCUACUACAACUCCAACCUCUACUCCUACAUCAACCUCAACAGGAGCAUCAACUACCCAGUGCAGUGGUGAAGAAAGUUGUGUGUGGUCAGACUGGAUCAACCUUGGUCAGCCAACCUCUGGCUCUGAAGGUGGAGAUAAUGAAUCCAUUAAGAACAUCAUUGCUAGUGGUUAUCACAUUUGCUCAGCUCCAGAGGCAGUUGAAUGUAGAGCAAAACAAUACCCUGGACUUCAGAUCUCUCAGCUUGGCCAAGACGUGACUUGCAAUCCAUCCGUUGGACUGAUUUGUAAAAACGAUGAGCAAGGUCUUCAGCAAAAGUGCUUCGAUUACGAGAUACGAGUGAAAUGUUGUCAAUGUCCACCAACAACACACAUCCCGAUCACCACAGUAUUUGUUCCCAUGACAACAACAACAACAACAACAACUCAGCCACCCAUAACUAGUACCUUCCCUACAACCUCAUAUCCUGUAACAUCUGGUGGAACAACAUCACCAACAAUUAUAUCCACUGAACCCGUUUGUUUUUGCCAUUUCAAUCAUCGUGAUUUCUCCGUUGGCUCAAUUAUUUACAAUGUCUCUGACCAUGAUGGAUGGUGCUACAUUGGUCUCUGCAACAAGACUUGCAAAGUAGAAACACGUUCCUUCAGAUGUGAUGAAACAACUACCCCAGUUACCACUACUUCACCCACCACUACACUGCUCCCAACAACAACAACAAUACCACAUACAACAGAAAGACCAACCACCACCCCAAAAUAUCCAAUUGAGAUAAACUGUCACCAUGAACAUCCUCCAAGACAGAACGGUGAAAGCUGGAAACAUAACCAGUGCACCAAUGGAACAUGCGCCAACGGGAAAGUUAUUUAUGAGCAUGUACAUUGUGAGACUCCGAAGCCAAUAGCAUGUGAAAAUAACUAUCCUCCGAUCAAAGUGUAUGACGAAUCUGGAUGCUGUUUCCACUAUGAGUGUCAAUGUAUCUGCUAUGGUUGGGGAGACCCUCACUAUGUCACCUUUGAUGGAACAUACUAUGGAUUCCAAGGAAAUUGUUCUUACGUCUUGGUCAAAGAAAUCCUGCCAAAGUACAACUUCAGUGUGGUAAUCGACAAUUACUAUUGUGAUGCCACAGAUGGACUUUCCUGCCCUCAGUCUCUGACCAUUUAUUAUCAAUCUUACAAGAUAUUCAUGACCAAGAAGAAGGUUGAUGGAGUUUUCACAAGUCUGAUUUAUGUAAACCAACAACGCAUCAUUCCGGCAUAUGAGACCAAGGACUUCCGCAUCACAGACAACGGAAUUGAGACCCUUUUAGUCAUACCAGCAAUUAAUGCCAAGGUGUCUUUCACUGGUCUUAUGUUUAGCAUAUACCUGCCCUGGGACAAGUUCAGUGGCAACACUGAGGGACAGUGUGGUACAUGUGACAACAACCGGACAGAUGACUGCCGCUUGCCAAAUGGAACUAUCGAUUCAUCUUGUCCAGACAUGGCACACCAAUGGCAUGUUGCUGACCACAAUAACAGUCAGUGCACACCACCACCACCAGAACCGAGACCAACACCACCACCAGGCUGUGAUCCACCCAUUUGUCAUCUCAUUCAAAGCAAGGUCUUUGAGAGUUGCCAUAAGAUAAUCCCCUACGAGCCAUUCCUUGUGGCAUGUAUCUUUGAUGUGUGCCAUAUGGAUGAUGUUACUAUUGGCUGCACCAGCUUGCAGACCUAUGCUGAUGCAUGUGCACAAGCAGGAGUCUGUAUUGAGUGGAGAAAUUAUACAAAUGGACAAUGUGAUUUCACAUGCGAGAAACCCAAGGUUUAUAAUGCCUGCGGUCCACAAGUUGAACCAACCUGUAAUGCCUGGUACAAUUUCAAAUUCAUCCAGACUCAAAAUGCGUUCAGCGUCAUGGGAGAUAUACAAUUGGAGGGAUGCUAUUGCCCUCCUGGUACCACUUUGAUGAGUUCCAGCUCAAACUACUGUAUCCCCAGCUGUGAUAUUUGUCCGUUGCCAAAUGGAGAAUGGAAAGAGGCUAAUGAGACCUGGGUGAGCAACUGCCAGGGUUGUGUAUGUGACCCGUACAGUCUGGAAAUCCAGUGCCAGCCGGUGGCAUGCCAACAUCAGCCUCCUCUCACCUGUGAUCAGGAGGGCCAAGUUAAGGUCGUAGAAACCGUUGACUGUUGUCAAAAGGACAAAUGCGAGUGUGAUGUCACACGAUGCUCUACUUCCAAGAUAACUUGUCCAGUCGGAUUCGAGACAGAGGCAACUAUGGGAGUCUGCUGCCCAACGUAUCAAUGCAUGCCAAAGGAUGUCUGUGUGUUUAACAACACUGAAUAUCAGCCAGGUGCCAAUGUUCCUGGGGACAAGUGUAAGAAUUGUGUGUGUGGUGACAGGGUGGAUGCCCAAUCCCAUCUACAUAUCAUUGAGUGUCAACCUACUGAAUGUGACACUCACUGCCAGCAGGGCUUUGAUCAUCAAGCCGUUCCUGGGCAGUGUUGUGGGAAGUGUGUACAGACAAGCUGUGUGGUUAUGCUGCCAGAUAAUACCACACACACUAUUCAGCCUGGUUCCAUCUGGAUACCAUCUGGAGAGAAGUGUCUCAAGUUUGAGUGCGUAAAGAUUAUGGACCAAUUCAUCCCAAUUGAGGCUAAGACUGUGUGCCCUGACUUCCACCCAGAAGAUUGCCUACCCGGAACUGAAGUCAUUGCUCCAGAUGGUUGCUGCCAUGUCUGUGUUCCAAAACAUAAGCCAUGCAACGUGACAAAGGGAAAAGUGUACCUGGACAGCAAUGGGUGCAAGUCUGCAAACGAGGUGGAAGUGACAACAUGCGGAGGAUCCUGUGGCACCUACGCCAUGUAUUCUCUUGAGGCCAACAUGAUGGAGCGCUCUUGUACCUGUUGUCGGGAAGUAUCCACCACCAAGAAGGAAGUGGAGAUGAUCUGCCCAGACGGUUCAAAGUUCAACCACUCCUACAUCCACAUCAAUAAAUGUGGCUGCCAGAGGACAGAGUGCGUGACCCCGGAGGAGACCCAGGUCACAAGGUCACGACGCAGGAGAAGAUGAAUGACUCUCCACUACCAUCCCUUUACUGCUUAGAUUAGUUCUCUAUUUAUGCUCAAGUUGUUCACUUUCCUGCAAAGUGAUCUCCUAGAAGGCGAAAAAGUUUCAGCUUUUUUGUCAAACUUAGUUUUGUUUUAGCCAUUCAAAACACAUAAAUAAAGUUGGCAAUAGGCUAUGCAUAUA